UAUUGGCUGAUGGCGCCGAGCAGCUGCCUGUCAACAAGAUGGCCUUCCUCAAGCGCUUUCAGGAAGACAACGGAGCUGUAUUAGGUUUUACUCCGGACUCGAUCGGAUUUUAAAACAUAUUUCCUUGUAAAUAUAACACGGCAACAUUUUAAUAAGAUAGAGCGCGAUCAAAUGAGUGUAUAGCUGCCCAGAAGCAGCCAGAGGAAAAGCCGGAAGAGAGAGGAAACAGGACGGAUCUCCUCAGUGGAGCUCCAGCUCUGGGUCACAGUGUUGAUGAUGUUGAUGUAGUGGUUCAGGUUGUAGACCUGUGACACCUUUUUCCCCCUUAAUAAUUUUUUUUUUUACUUACAUAUUUUUUCUUAUUUUUUUAAUGGAUGUUUUUAAAGAUUUUUUUAUUCGACCUUAGUGGAUUUUGUUUUGUUUUUAUUUUUAUUUUUUUCCUCGUUAUUGUGGGAGAGCUGCUGGUCGGAGCCCAAAUACAUUGGUUAAAAGAAAGGAAGCCAAGGCAAUGCUUGCAAUAUUGCGCAAUGGUUACACCUCUGGCUUCACGACGCGGACCUGACUCGAUAAGCUAUUGGCUAAACUGAAUCCUUUGAUGGAGACCUCUGGCCAUGAACAACCAGAAUGAGUGGUGAAGAACAAAAAAACUGCCCGGCAUAGUGGCAGAAAUGCUCUCCAAGGGUUCAGGAUGAACCGAGACACCUUUUCUCACAUCCGUCUGUGGUGCCCACGUCCCUUCGGCACCUACUCGCAGAAUAAGCCUUUCGGUAAUGGCACAAUUAACGGCGGGACGACAGCUGCUCUUUGCAAAGCCGACACUGCUGGCCGUCCAUCCAUAGAUGAUAGCGGAGUUGCCGAAGAGCAUAAUGAAGACGUGGGUACAGAGAACACCCCUCCCGCCCCAUCGUCUAACGUCCCGGUUCCUGCCCCCCCUGCCCCACCCUCUUCCGCCUCACAAAUGGAAGAUGGAAGGGUGUUGCUUGAUACGUGGUAUGUCAUCAAACCGGGCAACACCAAGGAGAAAAUCGCCUUCUUUGUGGCUCACCAGUGUACAGGAGCAGGCAUUCCCAGACCUAGUGCCAUGAAGGUGAAGGGAAACUGGGGCACCGACUGUACCAAGGCCAAACGUCGUCGUCGGUGCUCUUCAUACGACCCAUCUACGAGGGCCCAGAAUGUGACCUCAGAGCUUCCCUCAGAGCCCAGCUGCCUGGAGGACAGCAUUGGAGUAAAUGAGACCGAUCUGCUGUCUGUAGCAGAGAUGGUGGCCCUUGUUGAGCAGCGCACAGCUAUGGCCUUGCAAGGCAUGGCAGCUCAAGGACAAAUAACCUCAAGCGACCAGCAGCAUACCGUCCUCCACAAUUCGGUUUCAGAUUCUUCACCAGUUGUAUUUCUUUCUGAAUCUUCUCCUUCUGCCCCAACCUCAAAUAGUGACUUUGAACUGCAGCAGCAGCAGGAAUCCAGACGUGUUGCUCAGGCAGUAGCGCGCUUUGAGUCUCAGCAGCAAAACCUCGAACUGCGGCCUCAGAUUCACGACUCCAGUAAAGACCGGGAUUGUGGCGGCGAGAACGGGGCAAACGGUAAAAGCCACGGUCGAGGGGAAGUUAGGAUCGCGUUCCGUGUGUCUAGCUUGGAUCCACGGUCUCAGUCGGAGCCCGAAGGUCGCCCCAGGUGCAUGUUUAUGAGCUGUGGGACUGGAGCAGGGCAGACAGCCACCAGGGCCAAAGAAAAGAUUACGUGUGACCUUUACCAGCUGGUUAGCCCUUCAUCUCGUGACUCCAGUACUGUUCUGGCUGGUUCAUCGAAAUCAGAUUCCACAGGAGAAGACAUCGCUGAACGGCCUCCCUGCACGACGACAGACCAUACCCCAGACCACUGCUCAGGGGAGAAGAAGGCGGUGGCCCGUGAGCGCGUGACCGGCUUUCAUGUUGAAGUUGUCGUCACAGGAGCUGUGGACCAGUGCGUCUUCUAUGGUAAAGACAGCACAGAGAAUGUCCAAGAGGAGACUGUUUGCAUCGCUAUGCCCAGUGGGACUAACCGUGCCGAUGUUUCAGAUGAACCUCCACCCGGGCAGCUUUUCUUUCUCCAAAGCCAAUCUGCUGAAGAUGAAAGUGGUUCCGAGAUCUCGAGCGGAAUGUGCUCUUUGGACCGCGCGAACAACAGUUGCUCAGUUGGUAGUGUGGCAGAGCGGCCGGCCAGCCCGAUCGCCAGCGUGGAAGACUGCACCGAUAAAUCUCUCUGCCGCCUCUACCGUCACGUCUCCCACGACUUCCUGGAGAUCCGAUUUCAGAUCCAGAGGCUUCUGGAGCCACGGCAGUAUAUGCUCAUGCUUCCCGACCACAUUAUGGUUAACAUCUUCAGCUUUUUGCCCACCCGCUCUUUAGCGGCCCUGAAGUGCACCUGCCAUGACUUCAAGGCCCUGAUUGAGACUUACGGUGUGCGCGCUACAGACUCUCGCUGGAACCAGGACCCUUUGUAUCGCGAUGACCCCUGCAAGCAGUGCAAGCGGCAGUACGAGCGGGGGGACGUCUCGCUUUGCCGUUGGCACCCCAAACCUUACCACCACGACCUGCCUUACGGACGUUCGUACUGGAUGUGUUGCCGGCGCACAGACAAAGACACACCGGGCUGUAGGGUCGGACUGCACGACAACAACUGGGUACAGCCAUCCGACAUGGUUCAGGCCCGCGCCAAAAGAGAAGACGGGAGGUAAAGCCAGGAGUACGGCGAAUCUGGGUUUCCUUUCUUACUCUCACUUUGCCUAAACCUCAUGACAGUGUAAUAUUUAUGGUUGAGCCUGCCCCUCCCCCACCCACCUCAGCUUGAUAACCUUGCUAUCAUGUCAGUAUCAGUUCUUAGCAGUGCAGCAUAAUAUGCCGAGCGACGCGCGUGUGAAUACCGAUGCUGAUUAAAUGAGGUUACUGUUUGCUGCAUGGGACUAAAUCUUGAUGCGUGUUUGUAAAUCGGUUUGAAGUUCUUUUUUGGCUUGGCAGUGUUUUCCUAAAAACCAGCACUGUAGCCGAUCCCAACCUGCAGGCAAGGCAGCAACCUGUCGGGCUAAAGUCAUUAAAUGUAUUGAGAUGGAUGUCACAUUUUCUUUACUAACCCCCGGGGCAAAUACGAGCAAAAAUGAUGUCACUUUACAAAAACCUGAUGUCACUUUGUAAACAUUCUGCUUGUUUUUUUUUUCUCCUCUUUUGUGUUUUUUUUUCUUUAUUGUGUGAAAGAGUGAAUUUGUUUUUUCUCUCCUCCUUUUUGCAGAAAUAAGAUCAAGAUCGAAACAGUUGUAUAUCUUGUUUACCCUGUUUUCUCAGCCGUGGCCCUGCACCUUCAGGUCACUUAAUAACCCGUCUUUGCUUUCUGUUGUUGGUAAAAGAAAAAGAGAAAAAAAAUAUCAGGUUUCUGCCUUAAGACUCCAUCUACAGUCUUUCAAACAGAAUGGAAAUGUUGAUGCUGAUGCCCUUUGGGAGACCGUUGUAGGUUUCGCAGUCAGCCGAUGCUAUAGGGAAUUUUUGCCUCUAAAGUAAAUAAAAUUUAUUUAAAACUGG